UUCCACAAAAUAAAAAAUGAACUAAGCCCAGGAUGUAAUAACUUUUGGACCAGCUUCAACAAAGUCUGAAAUGCGAAACCCUGUUUAGAGUCUACAAGGACUGGACUUGAGAACGGAAAAUAGUUGUCUUAGUCUCUUCUUCCUUCUCAAGAAAACUCCACUCGACUUUCCGGCCACCUCCACCACUUUUCAACCCCCACCCAUGACACACCCCAGUUGACCCUUUCUCCUCUUCCCUAUUCUCUCUCUUUUGAUCUUCUUGUCCUCCUGCCUUGUCUUCUCCAAUGGCUUAUCGGAGAAGACAAGCUACCGGUUCCUCUAGAUUGUCACUCGAUGACUUUUUAAACUCUAGUUCUGCUAGCAAUAUAAUUUCACCGAAUUCUGCAGACUCUAUAUCGUGCUUUGAAGAGCAUCCCAUUCCCAGGAUUCCCAAGUCGAAGGAAAUUUUUUUUUGGCCUGGCUGUCGUCCAUCACAUGUACGCGAAAAGAGAGGGCCUUACCGUGUUAAGAUCGCCCGUUUUGCUGGACAUGUUGGACUGAAAAUUGGGGUUCAACAAGGUGAUGAUGUUUGCGGCAAUCCAAGUCAAGAGGAUGCUGAUGUUAACGGCAAUCCAAGUCAAGAGGAUGCUGAUGUUAACGGCAAUCCAAGGGUUCUUCAACAAGUUGCUGACGUUUCCAGCAAACCAAGCCAAGAGGGUGAUGAUUUUUUCAGCAAUCCAAGGGUUCAAAAAGGUGCUGACGUUUCCAGCAAUCCAAGUCGAGAAGGUGAUGAUUUUUUCAGCAAACCAAGGGUUCAAAACGGUGCUGAUGUUUCCAGCAAUACAAGUCAAGAAGGAGAUAAUGUUUUCAGCAAUCCAAGAGUUCAGGAAGUUCUUUUACAGCGUUUACUGGAAACAACAAUGCGCAAUGUUUUUUCUCUUACACAGAAGAUUAGUAGACGAAGACUUGCAAUUACAAAUUGGGAAAAGGGUGGUCUUAUUGGAAGCGGUUCAUUCGGAUCAGUAUACAAAGGAUCUAAUGAAAAGGGAUCAUUCUUUGCCGUGAAGGAAGUUUCGCUUAGUAAUAAAAAGAGUCUAGGCCCUCUCCGGAACGAGAUUUCUAUAUUGACAGGUUUGGAUCACGAAAACAUAAUUCAGUAUUAUGGAACAGACGAGGAUGAAGAAAAGCUUUAUAUUUUUCUAGAGCUUGUAAGUCAUGGCACCCUUGAACAAGCAUAUAAGAAUUGCCCUUUCAAGGAAUCCCAAGUUUCUCAUUAUACUCGACAGAUAUUGCAAGGUCUGAAGUAUCUUCAUGGUUGCAAUGUGAUUCAUAGAGAUCUUAAAUGUGCAAACAUACUGGUGACCGAAUUUGGAAACAUAAAACUUGCUGAUUUUGGCCUGUCUAAAUUUAUGGAAGAUGGUCAGUCUUUGAAGCCUGGCUCGAGAAGUUCAUUGUGGAUGGCUCCGGAAGUUGCCAAUCCUAAAAGUGGCGGGUAUGAUUCUCGAGCUGAUACGUGGAGCCUUGGAUGCACUGUGGUGGAAAUGCUGACCCGGAAGUAUCCACAGUAUAAUGUCAGGAAUACAUUUUUGGCCUUAGAACGAGCAAUUAGAAAGGGCACAGGACCUAUUAUUCCUGAUUCUCUCUCACAAACUUCGAAGGACUUCAUCAAAAAAUGCCUGCAGCCAGAUCCAAGUAUGCGUCCAACUGCUGCCGAGCUUUUAGCUCAUCCUUUCGUGAAUGAAUCAUCUUGCACGCAACCUGAUCUUAGUGAAUUGCUUAAUGGUGAAAGGUGAACCUUCAACACUUUUCCCUUGUCUUUUCAAAUCUUAUUGGAUUAUGGACUUGGAUUCUAAAUCUAUGAGUUCAGUCUUUUAGUUUUGAUGAAUCUGUACUCAGUGCUGUUGAACAUUCCCAGCUGUACUCAAUGAAGUUGGUUGGUCAGCCAGCCGAGGACAUUUCUUCUUAUCCUGUUUUUGAAUCCUUUUCUUCUGUUUAUUCUCCUAGAUGUUUUUCUUCAGAGCUUGCAAGAUCAAAAGAGAAACAUUAGGCACCAUUACAAUGGAAAGUACGCGUUCGAGCAGCUGCGAGCGUAUUACUUAGGCUUAAUUCAAUUUUUUCUUUUUCCUUUUCUAUUCUUUCAUUCAAUUUUGAGUCAAUUUAUUGUUCUUUUCUAGAUCAAUCUUAACCCUCCCUGUGGCGUAAUUCAUAUCAUAGAUCUUUUGAAAUGAACAUCAUUAAUAGGCCUCUUACAAUGUUAGUGACAGACGGAGGGACCAUGCAUGAUCAAUCAUUACAAGUAGAAAGUCUUGAGUGACCAAAAUUGAAGUAAAAGGGCUGAUGUCAUGUGUG